GCGGUACGGCAGGCCAGUAGGCCCCACUUUGCAAGCGCGAGUAGCCGCCAAGCCCAGGCUGUAGCUGUUGCGCGUGUACCAUCACCUCUACGCCGACAACCUUACAGCUCGCUCAUCGCCCACACCACCGUCGCGGGAACUCGUUCUCACACACCACUCAGCUCGACCCCGCACUCAGCUCAAGCCGCAACGAUGAUGUCUACCGGGAUGCUAGGAGAGGAUGGUAUCCACAUCGAUAUGAACCACCUGAAGAAAGGCGAAGUCAACCUGGGUACCUCCAUCAUGGCGAUCAACUUCAAGGACGGCGUGAUCCUCGCAGCAGACAGCAGAACGACUACUGGCGCUUACAUUGCGAACCGAGUCACCGACAAGCUUACACAAGUCCACGACACCAUCUGGUGCUGUAGAUCUGGCUCGGCGGCGGACACACAGGCUGUUGCCGACAUUGUCCACUACCACCUCGGCAUGUACGGCAUCACCAAUGACGGACCGCCCACAACACAGACCGCAGCAGCCAUCUUCCAGGAGCUCUGCUACUCGAACAAAGACUCCCUCUCGGCUGGUUUGAUCAUUGCUGGAUGGGAUCAGAAGCACGGCGGCCAGGUCUACUCCAUCCCACUCGGCGGUUCUCUGCACAAGCAAGCGUACGCGAUCGGAGGCUCGGGGUCUACAUACAUCUACGGAUACUGUGACGCAAACUGGAGGGAGCACAUGACAGAGGACGAGGGUAUCAAGUUCGUCAAGGGCGCGCUCGCAGAGGCCAUUAAGUGGGAUGGAAGCUCCGGUGGUGUUAUCCGCAUGGUGGUGCUCACAGCCGCUGGCGCACAGCGACACCUGUAUCUUCCAGACCAGAACUAUGACGGCCCGGGCAGGCAGUAGAUCCUCGGAGGAAU